AUGUGUGAGUCUGUGGAAAGUAGCAGCCAGGGCGGGGCUGCGGUUGCUGCUUCGGCUGGGGCAGAUGCCCAUUUCAACACGCCGCUGUCCUUGAUUGGGGACCCGUUCGCAAACCACGGUCCAACCCAAUUCCAACUCGUACCUGUACCAGCCAUGGCUCGGAGGGAGAGCCUCAGACAGGAAGACAUCACCCCUUCCUCUCCCUUCAUCAAGCGAUAUCGUACUGAAAUUGCUGCUUCGACAUCAUCGGUAUUUUCGACGUUGAGUUCGUGUUUGAUAUUUGUUAAUGCCGGUGCUACCAUUGGCCCGAUACUAACCGUCGACGGUGUCCUGGGUCUAUUUUACAGAUACAAAUUCGAUUCAUUUUGGGAUUGCGUGGUUCAAACUCACAGAAGCGAAGGUAUAAGGGGCUUCUGGAGAGGAAGCUUGGCACCACUUGCGUCUAUAUCGCUGGUGAGGACAAUAUCGUUUUCAGUUUACACAUCGUCGCUGGGAUUUUACAAACGUGGGAUUCGGAAAGUUGUUGGAGAAGAUGCUGCGAGGUAUCAACCUGGGACCUUUCCACACCCAUCAAAUUUAGCCCAGUACUUUUUGAGCGGUGGGACGGCUGGGGCGGUCGUCAGUGUUAUUGCUUGCCCGUUUGAGUUUACGAAACUCAGCUCGCAGAUUGAAUUUCUGGUGAAGCAGAGCAAAACACCAGAAGGAAAACAAAAGAAUGAUUUUGGGAGGGCGUAUAAUAAGAUGAAAGGUGCUGGUACACUGGAGUCUGCAAAACGGAUUAUGGAGGCUCGUGGGUUGAGGGGGCUGUAUUCGGGAUUUCACUUGCAUCUUACUCGAGAUAUUUUGGGUACUGGGUUGUACUUCACGAUGUACGAGACUUUCAAACGAACGUUUUCGUCGAAUGAAGGCACUAGUCACCUCGCUAUUGCUGCCUCGGGAGGUCUUUGUGGACUGCUAUCAUGGGCAAUAAUAUACCCAAUUGAUAGCUGGAAAUCGAUCUAUCAGCGCAAGUAUGUUGUUUCCUAUGGUACAGAGGAGUAUGCAUAG